AUGAUUGAUACGCUGUCGAUCGUGAGCGACAGUGGUGUGGUGCUGUGGCAACGGACCACCCACGAAACGGGGCGGCGUGCCAUGGUGAACAAGCUGAUCCAGGAAGUGCUGCUGGAGGAUCGUGCAGGUCUCGCGCAGUACAGCGUGGAUGACUAUCAGCUGCGAUGGGUCUUGGAAAACGACGCCAAGUUCUUCGUUGUGGCGGUGUAUCCUAAGUUUUUCAAGCCGCACUACAUGCACGUCUUUCUACGCGACAUCGCGACUACGUUUGCCAAGAAGUAUGGUAAGCAAACUGCACGGCAAGACUUCUUCAAUUCUCAAGGGAGCGGUAACCAGUCACUGGCCGCAGACCUAAUGGAGUUCAGUGCAGAGUACGCCACGCUAUAUGCAAAGUUCAAUGCCAGUGAGGAGUCGGCCUCGCGGCAUGAUGUAGAAGGAGAAGAUGGAAAUGAGUCUGCAAACAGCGGUGACAGUGGCGUCGCGGGUGAGGCAAGCGGCAGCGGCUCCACGCAGGCGGACGGCGGCGAGGACGGAGACAGCCCCCAGCAUUCUCCCGCACGGAAUGCGGGCAGGUUUAUCAUGACAAAAGAUGGUCGUCGCCUCACCAUUGGCGGCUGCCCUAGCAAGGGUAAAGCCGGCAGUGCGUCGGUGGUGGCGGCAGCCAACGACUCAGCCAAGAAGCGCGGCAAAAAGCCGAUCAGGUGGGACAACCCCGGGGUCGUUCAUGACCCCAUGGUGGAGAAGCAGUCACAUCAGCAGAAGGCCACCGAAGCAGAGCUGCAGGCACAGGCAAACAUGCAGCGUGCGACGUACAUCAAGCGCCUGCCCAACGGAGCCAUUGCCCCGGUGAAGGAGCGGGAGUGGGAAGGGCAGCCGCGUGGUCGCUUGGCAACUUGGCUGCGCUCCUACGUAGGCACCCGCGAGGUGGACGCUGACGACUUAAAGCACAUCAUCCCUGACUUGCGCGAGAAGCUCAUCGCAAAGAACGUCGCUGUGGAGGUUGCCGAGCAAGUGUGCAAGUCUGUUGAGGUCUCCCUAGCUGGCAAGCGGCUCGGCACAUUUGACUCGCUCUACAAGACCGUCGAGGACGCUAUGACCGCCUCGCUGCGCCGCAUUCUGCAGCCGAAGCGCGAGGUGAACCUCUUGCGCGAUGUGGCUGUUGCCAAGGCCGCUCAUAAGCCCUACUCAAUCAUCCUCUGCGGUGUGAAUGGGGUGGGCAAGUCCACGUCCCUUGCGAAGAUAGCCUACUGGCUGCAACAGAACGAUAAUUCGGUCCUCUUGGCCGCCGGUGACACCUUCCGACACGGCGCGGUGGAGCAGCUGGAGGUGCAUGGCCGGUGCUUGGGGGUCCCCGUCUUUCAGCUAGGCUACGGCACUGACCCCUCCGCCGUCGCUGCGGCAGCCAUAGUGCACGCCAGCAAGCAGCACACGGACGUGGUGAUUAUCGACACAGCUGGCCGGAUGCAGGAUCACGAGUCUCGCAUGCGAGCCUUGGCAAAGCUCAUCCACGACAAUCAACCUGACCUCGUCCUCUUCGUUGGUGAAGCUCUCGUGGGCAACAACGGCAUCGAUCAGCUGCGCAAGUUCAAUCAGUGUCUUGUGGACUUUGCGCCUGUCGGAUCGCGGUCACGCGGCAUCGAUGGCAUUGUGCUGACCAAGUUUGACACGAUUGACGACAAGGUCGGCGCAGCGCUGUCCAUGGUGUACGAGCUCGGGCAGCCUAUUGUGUUCGUGGGUGUCGGACAAACCUACCAGGACUUGAAGGUGAUCGAGCCGGAGGUGGUGGUGAGUGCACUAAUGAAAUGA